AUGGCAGGUUCGAAGGAUUUCGGAAAAGGCUGGCAAGGCUACCAUGGCGUCAAGAACCGCGACGCGUCUCUGGACUUUCUGAACCGCUACCGGAGUGGAAGCAAAGGACGAGUCUAUCCUUGGGGAAAUCACUGGACCGCUCAGCCUUCGAAUAAAGGUGGAUGUGGAUAUCGGUAUGGAGGUUGCCGUCGACUUUCCCUGGACUCCUGCAGACGAACUGCUGGAAAUCCAAAUCGCAAGUUUGAACGGCAUGAGCACUGUCCCCCUGCGGGUCGGCAAGCUCGUUGGUGA